ACUGACCACUUUGUUGCAUCUGCUCUCGUCCACCAUAGCAUUAUUCCUUGUUUCCCCAUAUCACCAUCUGUUGCCAUCUCUAUAGAUGCUCUGGAGUUUUACCGUGUUGCUCAAUUAUGCAAUCCUCACUUUUCUAUCCAAGUGUAUGUGAAAUCUAUUUGUGACUUACAUGGAACUGUUUUUUAUAGGUACUUAUCACGUCAAUUUUUGAUCACAUUCGACCUCUAUCUGCAAUUGUGCACUCGCAUGGACUCCCUUGUCAAUGUAGUGAUUCAUCAUGAUUCUCCUGACUGGUGUUUAUGGAAUGCUUGCCACUGCUGCACCUAUGAGUUGCAAAAUGAGCCUGCAAUGACUUUCUGUCUGCUCUAUGCCAUGGAUGGCAAUGACUCACUCAAGAGAGUCUCACAACGACUGAUAGGCGCUGACAGAGACUAUUCGGGGCCAUCAAUUGAACUUGCUACUACACAGUGGGUGUGCAACGAUCGGUAUCUUUCUCGCAAGUAUGUCAACAUGUGGGCAAAUUUAACACAAAACGACAGGAAGUCAUAUCUACAGGUAGAACUUGAUGACAAGAAUCCCUGCACUGGGCGAUGGAAGAAUAUGGAUGAUGAGAAGAUGAAGAGAUCAUGGGGGGUAUAUGAUGAAAUGGGCAUUUUCCUUGCCAUAUGUCAUCACAGUUUCUGUCUUCUGAUCGCUGAUAUGAUCCAGAGUGGUGAGCUUGCUAAGUACCCACUCUCUGUCGUCGCCAAGCUCCUUGAUGCCUUUGGCGCAGAUCUGGGUGGUGGCUAUGAUAUC